CCCUCUCCCCACGGUUCCCGGAGCUCCUCCUGCCAAGGCUGGGCGGUGGGGGCAGGGGACAGAAGAGGCCAGGAUCGAAGUGCAGAAACGAGGCUACUCUGUGCCCGCGUCUACAGUGUGGUAGCCCGGACCGUGGUGGAGACAACGGCGUCAUGUUGGGCAUGAUAAAGAACUCCUUGUUUGGGAGCGUGGAGACCUGGCCCUGGCGAGUCCUGAGCAAGGGGGGGAAGGAAGAGUUGACCUAUGAAGAAAGGACCUGUGAAGGUGGAAAGUUUGCUACUGUGGAAGUGGCAGACAAGCCCUUUGAUGAAGCCUUAAAGGAGGCAAUGCCAAAAGUUUUGAAGUAUGUUGGAGGCUCUAAUGACAAAGGAGUUGGGAUGGGGAUGACUGUCCCUAUAUCCUUUGCUGUAUUCCCCCAUGAGGAUGGCUGUCUACAGAAGAAAAUGAAAGUCUGGUUCCGGAUUCCAAACCAGUUUCAAGCUGAUACUCCAAUUCCCAGUGAUAAAAGCAUUGAGUUGGAAGAGAGAGAAAGUAUCACUGUCUAUUCCACGCAGUUUGGUGGUUAUGCUAAAGAAGCUGAUUAUGUGUCUCACGCAGCCCAGCUACGCUCAGCCCUGGAAGGAACAGCAAACUACCAGACUGAUUUCUACUUCUGUGCUGGAUAUGACCCUCCCAUGAAGCCUUAUGGAAGACGUAAUGAGGUCUGGCUGGUAAAAAAGUGAGUCACUGACUCACAGGACAACAGUCUUCCAGGAAAUGGGUUUUUUAAGUUAGCUUAAUGGUCAGAAUUUCUACUGGAGAUUGAAACUCUGAAAGGGGAAUGGAGAUACACAGCAUAAUUUUCUGCCAAGUCAGUACAAUACUGUAUUCUUCCAGGUCUGUGGGGUUUUGUUUUUAUUCUUUGUUUUUGAGGUUUCCUUUCUCUGGGUGGGACAUUGUACAACUAAAGCAAAUAACAUUCUUGUGAUUAAAUUGAAUAUCACAUUGCCUUGUCUAAUAUGGGCAUUUAAUAAAUGUUUGUUUAUUAUUGAAUUGAAUCGAUUUAGGAAAUCCUGUGGUAAACAAGAUAUUUUUUCCAUCAUGGACUAGGUCAAAGGAAGGGUACAAUGAAAACUGCCUUUUAAAAAUAUAUCUAUUGAAUAUUGUAAUUUUGUGACUGAAAAAAUACUCUCCGUAGUUGGGCUUUGUUUUUUCCUGCCACAGAUUCUUACAGGUACUUUGACUUUGAAAGAACCUCAAAAAUAAAGGGAUUUAAAUGUAA